CACCCAUACCUGGACACGAUAUUCGGGUCUACGUACGAGAUACGAUACAGAUGUGACUUCGCACUGUUCGAGCCUGCAAUAGCGAAAAUAUUCAUAUAUGUUCUCUUAGUGCCCCAUACCGUAUUUUAGAAAGCAUCAUGGACACACUCGAUCCACUGGAUAAUCUGUGGUUGGUCUGCUUCACUGUGUUCGGACUAGCUGGGCUAUGCUUUGCUUUGAGUGGGUUGCAGAACAAACCAGUUUGGCUUUGCUCAAGAUUUUACAGUGUCACGCCACCACAGUCGAUAUCACCGGAGAAGAAACCAACGAAGUAUGCGAAUUUUUUACCACCUCAGAACGGUCAGGCACUCACUGCGUUACCGGAAUUUGUGACAGGAAGGAGUGAAGUCAGCGAAGAGAACGUUCUCAAACACAUCCUUCCCAUGACCACGGACUAUAGGACCUGCGAGGAAAACAGAUACACACCAACGGGAUUUUCUAUAGCUGAGGUUAAGGCCUUAGGGGACUUUCCAGACUAUGCGAAACUCAGCGGUGUUCCCUUGCCUCAAGAGUAUCCCGAGUUCGAAAUUGAAAAAGCGCUACCCAGGCCAUAUCGUCCGUUUAGAUGGGGCUAUCACCAGACAAUGUCAUUGACAAAGCUAGAAACGGAUUGGUGGAUAGAGCUUGAGAACACCUACAAACAACGGAUCGCGCAACGGAAGGACUUAUAUGCAAGGCAUGGGGAUGCGGUCCUGGGCUGGCUUCCAGGAUCAGAGCUGGCUUGUAAAGAACUCAUGGAAAUGGUCCUGCAAUUCAUCUGCGCCCGGUAUCCGCAAUACUUCUCUCUAGUGGACAGUCGUAUCCUACAGAAUAGGAUCUUGGGAGUAGAGCAGGAUAUUAGAUCCAAGCAUCCCCUUGAGGUACUACUCGACAACGUACCCGAGGACUUCGGUCUGAUGCUACGUGAUGACACAACGGGUAACUAUUUUCUACGUGCCGGAGUCAUCUGUUCUGCUUUGGGGUGGAAUGUCGGCACCAAGAUCGGACUUCAGCUUCAUCAUAUCCAUGGCUCAGUUCCAGAUUACAGGGAGAAGAUGCAAUUUUCCAUGGAUCGGUUUUUCACCAAAAUGCCGACCGACAAACCGAUACAAAGAGGAUCCUGGGGUCUUGAAGUCGGACAGCCUUUGUAUAUGCCUAAAGGGGACCCUCAUGAGAAACUCCGACUGAACCAAGAUCCCAAUCUUCAACUAGAGGACUGCUAUCUCAGAGUAGAUUGGCAAACACUCCGCCGCCUUCCCCUUUCAGGGGCUAUCGUAUUCAACUUCAAGGCACUCUUCACACCUGUGACUGAAUUCCGGGACGAACCUGGCGUGCCCGCAUUGAUAACCAAGGUCUUGAAGGAGGGCAAGAAGAAUAUACUGGAGUACAAGGGUACAUGGCACGUGGAGCAUGUUGUACUUCCCAUGCUUGAAGAAUGGGCAAAAGAACAAGAGGCGAAUAAGCUCGUUCCCAGUGGUUGGGAGGUAGCUACAUUGGAUGAUAGCCCAUGGUAUCAAAAUUGGCAGGAAAAGUGGCAUCGCCAACAAGGCUUUUAGUGCCAUUUGCUCAUAAGCUCUUCCCAAUCCGUAUUCCCUGAUAUGGUUUCUGAUUUGCACAGCUUCGGUGAUACUGGGCCAGGCAGCCACAUUGAGAUCAUUUAUUUGCGUUCUAAGUAAUUUACGA